AUGGAUAACAGAACUGAAGUGAAUGAGUUCAUCCUUACAGGAUUAACAGAUGAUCCAGAGCUUCAGUUUCCUCUCUUUAUAAUCUUUACCCUCAUCUACCUCAUUACCCUGUUAGGGAACCUGGGGAUAGUAGCUCUGAUCUCCUGGGAUUCUGGCCUCCACACCCCCAUGUACUUCUUCCUCUGUAAUCUCUCUCUUGUCGAUUUUGGCUAUUCCUCAACUAUUACUCCCAAGGUGAUGGCUGGGCUCCUCACAGGGGAAAAGAUUAUAUCAUAUAAUGAAUGUGCUUCACAGAUGUUCUUCUUUGGGAUUUUUGUUGUUACUGAAAAUUUCCUCUUAGCCUUCAUGGCCUAUGAUCGCCAUGCAGCUGUGUGUAGGCCACUACAUUACACCAUCACCAUGACACCAACUGUAUGUGCACAUCUGGCCAAUAGUGCUUACAUUUGUGGCUUUCUAGCCUCCUCCAUAGUUACAGGAAGCACAUUUAGCCUUUCCUUUUGUAGAUCCAAUGUGGUCCAUCAUUUUUUUUGUGAUAUUCCCCCUCUACUGAUUCUCUCUUGUUCUGAUACUCACAUCAUUGAGUUGUUAUUUUUUAUCUUAGGGACAGUUAAUUCCAUUUUUCCAUUUCUUGUCAUUUUUACUUCUUACUUGCUAAUCUUCAUCACCAUCUUGAAGAUCCAUUCUGCUGAAGGCCGCCAGAAAACCUUCUCCACUUGUGUUUCCCAUCUCACAGCAGUGUCCAUGUUUUAUGGGACUAUCAUCUUCAUGUACUUUCAACCCAGUUCAAGCCAUUCAAUGGAUUCAGAUAAAAUAGCUUCAGUGUUCUACACUAUGAUCAUCCCUAUGUUGAACCCUGUGAUCUAUAGCAUUAGGAACAAAGACAUCAAGAAUGUUUUUAGUAAAGCUGUGAGGAGACAAUGA